GCCCCGCGCGGGCAGGCGGGCGGCCGUGGGGGAAGAUGGCGGCGGGUGUGGGGCGCGCCUGAGGUGCCGGGUGCGGCGGGGAUGGAGCCUCCCGCGGCGCCGGGCCCCGAGCGGCUCUUCGACUCGCACCGGUUUCCGAGCGAUGGGUUCCUGCUCCUGGCCCUCCUGCUCUACGCGCCCGUGGGGCUGUGCCUGCUCGUCCUGCGCCUCUUCAUCGGCGUGCACGUCUUCCUGGUCAGCUGCGCCCUGCCUGACAGCGUGCUGCGGCGGUUCAUCGUGCGGGUGAUGUGCUCGGUGCUGGGGCUGUGCGUGCAGCAGAGCGACCCCCGGCUGCGCGACACCGGCGUCAGGGUGUAUAUCGCCAACCACGUCACGCAGUUCGACCACAACGUCAUCAACCUCCUCACCUCCUGCAACACGCCUGCCCUGAACAGUGCCCCUGGUUUCAUCUGCUGGUCACGGGGCUUCAUGGAGCUGGGAGUGAGCGGGAGCCGAGCGGAGCUGGUGGAUUCCCUGAAGGCGUAUUCGUCCCACAGAGAGAACCCCCCGCUGCUGCUCUUCCCGGAGGAGGCAGCCACCAACGGCCGGGCCGGGUUGCUCCGCUUCAGCUCCUGGCCGUUCUCCGUGUCGGACGUGGUGCAGCCCGUCGCCCUGCAAGUGCUGAGGCCUUUGGUCACCGUGAGUGUGGCUGACUCCUCCUGGAUUGCAGAGCUGCUCUGGACCUUCUUUGUCCCCUUCACAGUAUAUCAAGUAAGGUGGCUGCCGACCGUCCCCAGGCGCACGGAGGAGCCGAGCGAGGACUUUGCGCUGCGGGUGCAGGAGCUCUUGGCCAUGGAGCUGGGUGUGGUAUCCACACGGCUCACGGCAGCAGACAGAACCGAGCACAUGAAGAGGCUGAGACACACAUCGCUGCUCCCCUUCGCCCCAGCCCCAAGCCAGGCGCUGGCAGCGCGGCACCGGGUGCCGUCCAGCCUGGCGGGAGCUCCCGAGGACGUGCGCGUCGCGGCGAUGGUGCGGCAGGUCAAGGAGGUGCUGCCUCACGUGCCUCUGGAGGUCAUCAGGAUAGACCUGGCCCAAACCAACUGUGUGGACACCACCAUUGCCAACUUGCUGGAGGGGAGAGUAUCCUUCUUCCCUGACAGUAAGGAGGCUGGUACUGACCUGCCCGCCCCAGCUACCUCCCAGGCUCCAGCUGCUUCUGGCAUCCAGGGCUCCGCAGCUGAGCCUUCUUCCAAGGCAGCUGCAAAGCAGUUUGCCAAGUCCCCUGUGGAGCGGCACCUGUCCCUGCAGGAGCGGAAGCGAGCGCUCUACGACUACGCCAGGAGGCGGUUCGCGGAGCGGAGCGGCGCGGCGCGGCUCGGCGGGCCUUGACCGGCCCUGCGCGGCUCGGCGCGCCCCCUGGCGGCGGCGGCAAUAAACGGCGGCAGCGUCUGGCGCGGCUCGGCUGUGCGCGCGCGGGGGGGCGGGGCCACUGGAGGGGGCGGGGUCACCGGGGAGGGGGCGGGGCCGGGCCGGCUCCGUGCGGGCCCGCACGCGCCGCGGCCGCCGCCCGCUCGCCCGCCGCACGUAGGCGCCGCUUAAAGGGGCAACGCGGCGGCCCCGGCGGGUCCCGGCACUGGCGAGCUGCGGCCGGAGGCCGCGGCUCCGGGGCGGUGCUGCCGCCGAACCCUACGGGAACCCGGCCUCUGCCGGCGUUCCCGCCCCGGUGCCGACCCCGCGGGCCCCCGCGCACGGAGCCGGUGCCCUUUUAAGAAACGAGCUGCCGGUGCCGGUGGUUUUAUUUACAUGGGGGCUCGGGGGCGUCACGUGACGGGCAGAGCGGCGGCGGCGGCCGAGCGCGGCGGGGCCAUGGCGUGCAGCGGCGACGACGGUCCGUGCGGCGGGGGGCGGGAGCCGGGGGUCCCGAGCGGGCAGCGGGGGCCGGGUCACUGGGGUCCCGGUGGGUGCCGAGCGGACACCAGAGGGAUGGGGGAGUGCGGGUCCCGGGGAUCCCGGUUGGGCCGGUGUGACCCGGGGGGUCUGGGUCACUGGGGAGCCCGAGAGUCCUGGGUGGGCUGGCACAGGGCGGGGGUUAGGUUAACAGGGGUCCCUGCGGGGCUGACGUGCCCCGAGGUCCGGGACAAUGGAGAGCCCGGGGCUCAAGGGCAGGCUGGUUCCAUGGGGGUCCCGGUGGGCUGAUGUGCACCGGGGAGGGUGGUGGGAGGUCAGUGGGGGUCCCGGGCUGAUGGGCAUUGCAGGGGUCCCGGGGGAGCGGGGCACGCCGCGGGGCAGCCCUGGGCAGACGCGCGUGCGCAUGACACCCCAGGUUGGAGAUAGUGCUUGGUGGUCCCUGGGCAGUGGUGCUGGAUGCACCGGGGGGGUCAGAGCAGGGUGCGGGUGGGCGCGGGGCCGGAGCCGGGCUGACAGCCCCUGCAGGCUCCUGGGUGGAGCUGCGCUGCGGCCCCGGGGGCCCCGAGCCCGAGCCCUCGCGGCUCUCCUCCUGCCACGCCGACGUGGAGCGGAUGCUGCUGGAGGCCCAGCUGGAGACCGAGAGCGGUGACAGUGCGCUGCUCCUGCUGGGCUCCCCAGCCUGGGAUGACGAUGGAGCUGGUCCGGCCAGCGAGCGGCCUGGAGACAGCAACCUGCGGCCUCCCUGCAGCCAGCCCCAGCCAGGCUGCCUGCACCCCCGGCAGCAGGAUGUGCCAGAGGAAGCCAAGCGGAGGGAGCGCCGCCUGCCAGCAUCCCUCAGCUGGGCCUGCGCCCGCCACCCUCGGCAUCUCUCUCCAAACCGGUGCUGUGGAGCCUGCAGGGAGGAGCAGUGGGGAGAAAGAAGAAACUGUUCAGUUCAGAGCUGCUGCUGCUCUUCAUCCCCUCGCUGCUGCUCAGCCACGUGCUGACGCUGGGGCUCGGGAUCUACAUUGGGAAGCGACUGGCAGCCUCCUCAGCCAACCCACUGUGAAGAGGUGGGAUUGGUGAGGCUCCGUGUGGGGGGAGCCCGGGCACCAGCACAGCCCGGCUGUGGCACGAGGUGCUCCCAGGCUUCCCGGCUGCGGCACGAGGCGCCGUCUCCCAUCGUCCCUUCUUUAGCCCCAGCCCAGGAGCUGAUCCCGCUCUCCCACGUAGACAGAAGUCCACUGAUGGCAGCUCCCGGGGCAGGCAGCCUCUGCCCUCCCCAUCCCUUGGUUACGGGUCCACGUUCCUGCUCUUUAACACAGACUGUAAAUAUGAGUCUUGAGCUGCAAUACCGCGUGUGAAUAAAGAGCCGUGAGUCAGCGGUGGCACCAGA